AUGCGCUCGAAAACUACUUCUGUCACAAAAAAAUCUCGCCCUCAAACGCCAGAACGAGCAUCCAAAUAUCAACUUAUCGGGUCAUCUACUCCCCGCCCUCGUAUUACCUAUGGUAAACAUUCUAGAAACCGAUCGUUACCCGACAGUCCUUCCCGUUACCACCAGAGUCUCGCAGUUGUAUCAACUUCGACCACCUCCAUGCAAUCAUUAGCAUCGGACUAUGAAGAACCAAUCGUGGUCCCAGAUUCUCCUCAACUUAUGAAUACACCGAGUCUUUCUGCUUCGAAGGAUACAUCGUUCGCUUCGGCGCCGGGUAUCGAAAAGAUAGGCUUAUCCACCAAUGUUCAGAUUGACCGACAAAAUGAAAUCGACGAAUCGAAAAUCUACCCGCAAUCUUCGUCUACUAGAUCCACCAGAGCAUCCACACGAGAAGCUAAGUUGAAAGAUGCGCUCGCUCGCACUGAAGAGAAUCUCAAGGUUGCCCUUCAAGAUGCUCAGGAUGCUAAGAAUGAGAUUGAAGCUCUUAAAAAGGCCGAGGAAGUCCGCAAUGAAUGUCCUUGUUGCGCGCAAGUGAUGUUCCAGCCUUUCAUCCUUUCUUGUGGUCAUACGUGCUGCAAAGAAUGCCUUGUCACAUUAGUGGGCCUUUAUAUCAAAUCUCACAUGAAUUUUGCCUGUCCCAGCUGUCGCGCGGUACAGGGGCGUUUUACACCAAUUCCUAACUACGCCUGCCAAUCUCAUGUCGACGAGAUGCUAAAAGGCAAGACACCUACCAAUCGUCAGCCGUUGCAGUGGCCGCGCCAGUUUCGAUCUGGGCCAGUUGUUCUCCCUUACCCUCCGAGCAAUGGAACUUUUCCUGUCUUACAUCCUCGGGCACCCGCUUCACCUGUAUUUCCCAUUGUAAUCGACUAA